UUUCUUGAAUUAUGCUCACUGCGGGUUGUAUUUCAAACAUAAAAACCAUCGCAGGCAAAGAUGAAGCGAAGAAAACGUUUACUGUGAAAGUUUUGGACAUUUACAGAUACUUUGUCGACAAGAGCUUUCCCAUUUUGGACCCGAAUUUUACUGACGCUUUCGACAUUGUGUUAAGCGAUGGCCGUUACAAGACGAAAUGUUUAUUGUCAACCUCUUUAAAUUGCCUCGUUUACGAACACAAGCUGCGGAAAAAUUCUGUUGUGACAGUUACUGAAUGUAGUUCCUUGAUCGACGAGAAAUCAUUGGAGCAAGCACCUUAUGUCAUUCUUCAAGGAAUAGAAAUUUUAGAUUUCGCGCCGGAGAACACGGAGGAAGCUGAGGAGGACAUCGAAUUUUGUGACCAUGCAACAGCGAACGAAAAGCAAGAAUUACCCCUAGCAGCCUCCCGUGGUUACUAUUUGCCAUUAUGGAACGACGAAGACUACUUUGGUGCAAAGUGGUUUAGUGAUCCAAAUUUGACGCUUUCUAACCCCAUCACCAAUGCAAUCACUAUUUUUGAUCUGGAUUCAUUUUGGAAAGUUUUGUCGCGUCCAUUUCCCGCACUGAUUGGGAGAAUAGUAAGUAAAAGCAGGCUCAAUCACUACGGGAAAGCGACUGAUGACAAAAGGAAAUAUCCGUACCAGGCCUAUCUUGAACUUGAGGAUCGUACAGGGACGGUAUCUGUGUGUAUCUGGAGUUCUUUCUGUGUCCUGCUUUAUAAUUAUCUUCAAGUUGGAGACAUUGUGGCAAUCUUAAACUACCGUGUUGCCAGGAAAUUUGGUCAGAGAAGUAAUGCGGUCUACAACACAAGUCCUGCAGCAAGCAUUGAGGUAUCCGUGAAUCCUACCAGCCCCACUGCAGAAGUGUACAAACUAGCCCCCAGUGAGCUUGGUCCUGCAUGGAAAUUGCCUGGUGUACCAUACAGGUUCAUUGAGAGGAAAUUCCUGGCCAAUUACUCACCAGGUUUAAUAUGUGACAUUGUAGGAGCAGUGAUGUUUAUUAGCCGAGUCAUCAGGGAGAGGAAGGCACGCAAGUCUUCUUUUUGGGCCAGUAAAUGGGUUCAUCUAAAUGAUGGGACAAGCUCCAAGCCAAUCAUCCUUCACCUUUACGCCUGUUCACAACCUGAAGUUUUCAAUUCCAUUGCACCAGGGAAAGUACUUGUCUGUGCUCGCAUGCUCAUCAAAAUUGAAGCCCAGGAUUCAAAACAUCAGAGGUUUUGCUUUCUUACAACCACCCGUGAAUCACAGCUUUACGUUCUUAAGCAGCCAUCAGAUGUAAAUGGCAAGCCUUUCACAGGCUCUGACGCCGUCAACAAAGUCAUCAGAUGGCGUCAGUCUGAGGAUUCCAAACAGCUUCUUAGGGAAUCUUGUAAAGGAGGUUACUACAGCUUUCCGCCCUUGCCCUACUCCCUUGAAUUAUACAAGAGGACCUUCCCUCCUGAGAGGCCGAUGGAUCUAAUAACAACAGUGAACCUUGGACUUAUCCUGAAAGAGCUCCACUUCAGAGAACAUGUACAGCUGCACAUACAGGGUGUUGUUGUAGCUCUGGAGUUUGUUCCCGCAGCUCACAGUGGAAGACCUCCUCACCAGACAGCUGGGGAGGUCACUUGCUCUCAACUGUGUGAAACUCAAGGUAGUAGUAAGAACAGUGGAGAAUCUUCUUCAGCAUGUCCCGGAAGUCAGUCCAGUGACAAUACGUUAAGACCUUCAACCAGUCAACACAGUGAAUCAGGAACAGAUUCUACACAAAAAGACAAGAAAAAUCUAACCACAAACAGAAAUUGCCACAUGCAAACACGAAAUUUGAAGAACAAAGAAGAUUCUGAAAUGGAAAGUGAGCACGAGUCAUCUGGCACAGGUAGUGAAAUGACAACAAGGACAGGGAAGAAAUACGGUUACAUCGUCAGGAGAAUUAAUCCCAAAAGGAAAUGCAAAACAGUUGAUUCCAGGAUCCCGAAGCGGGUUCAAAUUAAGACAAGAGGACGGCACGUUGGUGCUGAAGAUGUGGCCCCUUCCAGGAAGCGAAAAGCAAGGAAUCAGCCUGCCCAUCUGCCGAGAAAAUUAAGAAGAAAAGCUACGCCAAAGAGCCAGAAGUCUAACGAUUCCGCUAAAAGAAAAGGGAAAAUGACAAAAGGCGAUCAGCGGUUAGAAAGGAAAGACGAAGACUCGUCAGCAGUCUCUGAGAGCGAAACAUCAAGUUCUGAUAAGUCAAAGAAAGCGGAAAAAUAUUAUCCCUUCAGAAUUUUGGAUCAAACCUUGACAGACGUGGGGCCAGACAUUCCAUUUUUGGGCUUGUCUAAGCCAAGCUUACACGAGGACACUCUUCCCACACUUUGCAGUCGGGGACUUUCGGACGUCAAGGUCGUACCGAGAGCCGAUCGGCAGGGCUUCGUGGAAACCGAAGGCCACUGGAGGCUUAUGAUCGCGGGACUAAAUCGGCGUGCUAUUAUAAACGCCAUAUUUAUACCCCAGACCCCUGAGAGAGGGGAAGGCCCCAGCGAGGAACCAACAGCCGGGGUUUUCCUUUCCGCUCUGGCAACAGGGGUAUUUUCAAACCGUUAUCCGGUUGAUACGCUUUUGAAUCACGCCAGUGAAGAGUUGAAAGGACGAAGAACUGUUUUUGUGUUGGAUGUGUACAGCCACGGGAAUGACAAAGUGGAAGUUAUUAUCAACAGGGCGUACUAACCUGAAACACUGUUCACAUGUAGAUAAAUUGCCAUUGAUAUCAUCGAGCCGGGUAGUUAUGACUUGUCUCUGGUCUGAAAGGGUGCCCCAGCUAUCGGCUUGGAAUGUUUUAACCCUAAAGAGGGUUUGAACCUCUCUGAAUAGCCGUGACUUAAAUCAAGCCAAAAUGUCACGCGUGACAUCACGCCUGUCAAGGAAUACCUUAUAGACAAACACCUGCCGACAACGACAGCGCAAAAUCGGGGCUAGAUUCAGGGCAAACUGUCGAGAGAAGCACCAACAACGGUAGGAAAGUGCAGUAAAACGAGAAGAUUGGGCCUUAUAAGCAACACAAAAGUGAAACUGCCAGGCAAAAUUUCAGAGGAAAAAAUGGAAUCUACAUAAAACUGGCGACUGAAAUCGUAGUAACUAAGUUUUGAUCUGGUCAGGGGAAAUUAGAAGUUCGUCACUUUAGCUGCCUUUAAGGCUUAUUUGCCAAAAUCUUACAUCGAGCAGAUACGAAUCACCUCUAAGAAGAAACUGUUCCAUACAAACUGGGUUUUAUCUGGCCACGGAACUUUUACCUUACGUUCGAAUCGAGCUAUGAACUUUAUAAAUAUUUUCCGUGCCUACUUUUAGAGACACGGUAGGGAUAUUUUUAACAAGUUCCACUUAAUAAUUUUACGCUGUACAUACUUUCAGGAAAAUUAUACACAUACGGCAGUCGUGUAAGCAUUUAUUUAACAAAUUAGUUUUAUUGUUCUUCGAAAUACUUUAUGCUGUAUCGAAAUUUUAGAGUGCACGGUUGACGGAGAGUAUUAAAGCCAAUGUUUAAAUGGG